UCGUCAGUAGUCGCGGUGCCGAGCGCGGCGCGUACCGACGCUUCUUUCCAGCGCGCUCUUCCGCACCCGCUUGGUCCUUUUGCUCGUCGCCCAGCGACGCGCGAGGCGCAGCGCACGCCGUGCACCGGUCCGCCCUGCGCCCCAGUCCGCGGGUCCGAGCGCUUCGGUGCAUGAGCCGGCGAGGAUGCCACUGACCGGCGGUCGCCCGCUCGCUCUCACCGCUGCCUCCGCUUUCAUUCAAGGCUUGCUCGUGGUGCUGGUGGCGCGGUCGGGGCUGUGCCACGGCUUCGACGCCCACCUCCGUGGGCCAAGCUUCCUCAUCGAGCCACCGUCGAGGGUCGAGUUUUCCAACUCGUCGGGUGCUUGGCUUGAUUGCGCGGCUACCGGCAGUCCACCGCCGAACAUCGAUUGGUCAACGGCCGAUGGAUUGCCCGCCGGCGAUGUACCUGGUGUUCGAAGAUUGCUCAAAAACGGCACGCUCGUCUUGCUACCGUUUCCCGCGGCCGCUUACAGGCAGGAUGUUCAUAGUGCCACCUAUAGGUGCGUCGCUAGCAACAGCGUCGGCCGUGUUCUCAGCCGUGACGUUCAAGUUCGAGCUGUGGUGGCCCAGGCGUACAAGGUGGAGGUGGAGGUGAUAGGAGGCGCGUCGCGCGGGUGCACGGCGAUCCUGCGCUGCGUGGUGCCGAGUUUCGUGCGGGACCUCGUCAGAGUGGUAUCGUGGCUGCAGGAGCCCGCGUUCUACAUCUAUCCUUCGCUCCAGGGUGACGGCAAGUUUCACCUGCUGCCUACGGGCGAGCUACUCGUGCACGGCCUCGAAUUCGCGGACCAAGUGCCCGGCUACAGGUGUCGCACGAUGCACCGACUGACCAGGCAGGUGGUCGUCAGUUCCAUGGCCAACGUGCGCAUCGCCGAUCACCGCGGCGUCAUGCCGCCAGUCGUCCUCGACCACUCGGAGAACGUGCACGUCGCCCAGGACGAGUCCAGCUCGCUGGUGUGCGUCGCCCAGGCCUGCCCCGCGCCCGAGUACAGGUGGUUCGCUCAAACGGGCGCGGAGCCGAUGCUGGUCCUGCCUGGGCCGCGCACGCGACUGCUAGGCCCGGUACUGGCGAUCGAGGCGGUCACGCUGGAGGACAGCGGCACCUAUCGCUGCACAGCGUCCAACCCCGGCGGCGAGGCCAGCGCCGAAGUGAGAUUGGUGGUAACGGCGCCCCUGCACGUGGAGGUGAGCCCGGCGCUGCUGAGCGUCCACCUGGGCGGCAGCGCGGAGUUCCGCUGCGAGAUCGGCUCGCAUCCGCAGGCCGGGCCGCACUUCGUCACGUGGUACAAAGACGGCCGACAGCUGCCGGGCACAGGGCGCCAGUCGGAGCUGCUGCGCAUCAGCAGCAUCGGCCGCGAGGACCGCGGCAUGUACCAGUGCAUCGUGCGCCGCGCCGAAGGAGACACGGCGCAGGCAUCGGCCGAGCUGCAGCUCGGCGACGCGCCGCCAGUGUUGCUGUACUCGUUCAUCGAGCAGACUCUGCAGCCCGGCCCGGCGGUCUCGCUCAAGUGCUCGGCCGCAGGCAAUCCCACCCCGCAGAUCACUUGGGCGCUCGACGGCUUCCCCUUGCCCGGCAACCAGAGGUUCGUGAUAGGACAGUACGUGACGGUCCACGGCGACGUCAUAUCCCACGUGAACAUCAGCACGGUGGUGGUGGAGGACGGUGGCGAGUACUCCUGCACGGCGGAGAAUCGCGCCGGCAAGGUGACCCACGCGGCAAGGCUCAACGUCUACGGACUGCCCUACAUUCGGCUGAUCCCCAAGGUGACGGCCGUCGCCGGCGAGACGCUGCGGCUCAAGUGUCCUGUGGCGGGCUACCCCAUCGAGGAGAUACGCUGGGAGCGCGGCGGCCGCGAGCUGCCCGACGACCUGCGCCAGAAGGUCAUGCCGGACGGCACGCUCAUCAUCUCCAGCGUACAGAAGAGCGUGGACAGCGGCACCUACACCUGCUGGGCCAAGAACAAGCAGGGCCACAGCGCGCGACGUAGCGGCGACGUCGCGGUGAUCGUUCCUCCCAAAAUUAGCCCGUUCACGGCAGAUCACGAGCUCCACCUGGGCGAGCGCACGACGCUGACGUGCUCGGUGUCACGCGGCGAUCUACCCUUGACGAUCUUCUGGCUGAAAGACGGUCGCACGCUGGGCCCGUCCGAGCGCGUGACCGUGACCUCGGUGGAUCAGUUCAACAGCAUCCUCAUGAUCGAGAGCUUAUCGCCCGAUCACAACGGCAAUUACUCGUGCGUCGCUCGUAACUUGGCCGCUGAGGUGUCGCACACGCAGCGCCUCGUGGUUCAUGUGCCGCCGCGUUGGACCGUCGAGCCGAGCGACACGAGCGUCGAGCGUAACCGACACGUCGCUCUGCACUGCCAAGCGCAGGGUGUGCCGACACCCAACAUCGUCUGGAAAAAGGUCAUCGGUGACAAGUCGGGCGAGUUCGAGGAACUGCGUGAGAGGCCGUACACCAAGAUUCUGAGUAAUGGUACGUUGCUGCUGCAGCACGUGAAGGAGGAUCGCGAGGGCUUCUACGUGUGCCAGGCCAGCAAUGGCAUCGGCUCGGGCAUCGGCAAAGUCAUCCAGCUCAAAGUCAACUCCUCGCCGUUCUUCGCCGCGCCCUCGAGGCUCGUCACCGUCAAGAAAGGAGACACCGCCACCUUGCACUGCGAGGUCCACGGCGACAAGCCCAUCAGCGUCAGUUGGUUCAAGGGGGGCAAGGAUGAGAUGAAUCCUUCCACCAACUACAGAGUGACGGUGAAACAAGAGUCAACACCGGACGGCGUAGUGGCGCAGCUGCAGAUCUCCUCGGCCGAGGCAUCCGACAGCGGAGCCUACUUCUGCCAAGCGAGCAAUCUCUACGGCCGCGAUCAGCAACUCGUACAAUUGCUCGUGCAAGAGCCGCCGAUGGCCCCGAGCAAUCUCGAGACGGCGAUGGUCGCGAGCCGCAGCAUCAACGUCAAGUGGCAGCACAAGGCGCAAGACACCAGCGAGGUCAGCAAGUACAUACUGCAGUACAAGGAGGCCGACGGCAUGUGGCAGCAGCAAGAGCUCACUGGGCCGCCGCUGCCCUACGCCGCGCUCAUCGACGAGCUCAAGCCCGCGACCAGGUACACCAUCCGCGUGAUCGCGGAAGGCCCGGCCGGCAGGUCGGCUCCGUCCAGUGACCUGCUCGUCAGGACCGAGCCGCAAAGGCCCGCCGGGCCGCCGCUCAACUUGGCCGCCAGGGCCCUGUCGUCGUCCGAGGUGCUGGUCAGUUGGCUGCCGCCGCUGCCCGAGCUGAGGCACGGCGACAUCGAGGGCUUCAACGUUGGCUACAGAGAGACCAGCUCGUCGAACCCCUCGUUCAACUUCACGUCGGUGCCGGGAGACGGCGAGGAGGGCGGUGCCGAGCUGCGCCUCACCGGCCUGCGAGCCUACACGCGCUACACGCUGGUCGUGCAGGCCUACAACCAGGUGGGCUCGGGGCCACUGUCCGAGCUGCUCACCACGCAGACCCUCGAGGACGUUCCCGGCGCACCGCCCGAGGACGUUCGCUGCGUGGCCCUUACCUCCGAGUCGCUGCAGGUCUCCUGGCAGCCACCGCCCAGCAGCCACAGCAACGGCAUCAUACAGGGCUACAAGCUCAAUUACGAGCCGAUUCUACCCGACAAUUGGCCCGGCGUCGAUGAGAUGGAGGUGCGGAAAACGAGUGCUUUAACGACGGUGCUUACAGGCCUGCGCAAGUACACGAACUACAGUAUCCAAGUGGUGGCAUUCACUCGAGUGGGCGACGGCCAGCCGACCCGUACAAUCUACUGCCACACCGAGGAGGACGUGCCGGGCAGUCCAGCGGACAUAAAAGUCGUGGUGAGCUCACCCCAGGCACUUUUCAUCUCUUGGCUAGCGCCACUCGAACCCAAUGGCCUUGUCACCAAGUACAACCUCUACACUAGAGUGGUGGACGGCCGCGAGGAGCUAAACCACGGCAAGCGCACGCUGCCCGCGGGCGACACGUACUUCGAGGCGACGGGCCUGCAGCAGCACGUGGAGUACCAGUUCUGGGUGACCGCGAGCACUCGCGUGGGCGAGGGCCAGAAUUCCAAAGUGGCCGCCCAAGUGCCGACGAACCGCGUGCCGGCCCGCAUCACGUCGUUCGGCGGCCAGCUGGUGCGCCCGUGGCGCGGCUCCGUCACGCUGCAGUGCAACGCCGUCGGCGAGCCGUCCAGUCGCGAGUGGUACAAGUCCAACCUCGAGCAGGUGCGCACCGACUCCAGCAGGAACAUCCAAAUCAUGACCAACGGCGAGAUCGUGUUCUCGAGCCUGCAGCCCCAGGACAGCGGCAACUACACCUGCCAGGUGGAGAACUCGCAGGGCAGCGAUAGACUCCACUACCAGCUCAUCGUUCAAGUGCCGCCGAGCGCACCUGUACUGUACAUAUCGUCAUCGACGUCGUCAUCCAUCCUUCUGCAUUGGAAGCCGGGCUACAACGGCGGCGCGCCAUUGACCAAAUACACUCUGCACUAUCGCACCGCUGCACACGGCACACUGGAGGAGAUGCAAUUGUCACGACGCGCCACCAGCCACGAACUCAAGGGCUUGCUGUGCGGCAACACGUAUCAACUAUACCUGAGCGCUCACAACAAGAUCGGCAGCAGUCCAGCGUCGCCGGUGUUGUCGGUGCGAACGCAAGGCCAGCCACCGGGUAUACCACCAGCGGCGGCGUUCCUGGCGCCCAACUCCACCUCGCUGGUGCUGAGACUGAGCGCCUGGCCGGACAACGGCUGUCCGAUUCUGUACUUCGUCAUCCAGUACCGGCCGAUCAACGAGUUCCACUGGACGCUCGUGUCCAACAACGUGAAGAUGCAGAGGCGGUUCGUCGUCACGGGCCUGGCCUCCAGCUCCGUCUACCAGCUCAAAGUGGAGGCCUACAACGUGGCCGGCAACAAUCAGGCCGAGUUCACCUUCGUGACGCUGACCAAGGAAGGGGCGGCACCGUCGGAGAUGUCGGAGCGCGGCAUGGCCGGCGUGGUGGCGUUCUACGCGGACCUGAAGAUCAUGCUGCCGCUGCUGGUGGGCCUGGGCGCGCUGCUGCUGGCCGCGGCCACCAUCACGGCGCGCUGGCGAAACAGGUACUCGGGCGAGCGCGUGCAGCGCCCCAUGAAGGAGUCGCAGGAGAACCAGCAGAACGCCGAGACGCAGCGCGAGCGGUACUAUGCGACGAUCCACAAGGUUGCCCUGCAGGCCAAUGCUGGCCCACCGGACAAGAUCCCAGAGACGGCGGAGGAUAUCUCUCCGUACGCUACGUUCCAGCUGUCGGAGGGCGCCGGGGCCGGCCUGGGCGGCCUGGCUGCGCUGGCCGAUCACUCCGCGGGGGCGCUCCACCCCCAGAACACCCUGCUGCACAGCUUCAUGUACCACGAGCACGCGAUGACCGAGGGCUGCGCCAGCCCGCCGCCCCAGACCACGACGUUGAAGAGCGUGUCGUCGCGUCGACGUCAAGCCAGGAAGCAACACCAGGGCGACGUGGAGAGCGACGAGAGCGAGUCUGACGCGGACCAGUUGACCAGCUCCAGGACCGAGAGCAGCAAUCAGCUGGACGCCGGCAAACUCAAGCACAUUCGAGCCGUUUCCGAUUUCAUGUACCACGGCACGUCGAGCACCUCGUCGGACAUCUCGCCCAUGUCCGAGCAAAAGUCUCUGCCCCGAAGAGGCCGCUCCAGAAGAUGGCACGUGCCGAGCAGGAGCUCGCUGCGCACGAUCCUACCGCCGGUGUCGGUGGCGGAGACGGGCUUCGGUGGUGGUAGCGGAGCAGAUCAUCGCGGAGGCGGCCAAGCCCAGCAGCAGCAGCAGCAGCAACACCAGGAGAUGAGCGAGGCCGAGUGCGACGUGGACUCGUUGAAGAAGCUGAAGCUGGGCCUGAGGAGCACGUUGUGGUCGAGGCCGGCCGGUCAGCAGACCAACAACCCGUCGUCCGACUACUCGAUCGCCGUCUAGCCCUCCGUUCAGCACCGGCAGCGGCGCCGAGCCAGGAAGCCCUAACGUGAACUCGGACCCCGAGUCGCACACCACUUCUCUUUAUUGUAAAUACGAACGAGCGCGCCACGGGCCAUUCUUUCACCAGCGUCUCAUACCUCUGUACAUUGUCGUCCUUUUGUAUCGCUGCAUCAUAAAGCGCAACGCCCCCACUGCCCCGUCCUCCCCUCGUCCCGGAAACCCAGCCCCGCCACCGUCCUUACGCAGGUUUUCAUCGUUCCGUGAGCGCGAUCGCUAUGGGCAUUCGUAUUUGGAACGAGACACACACGAUACUCACGACACCGAGCGGCGCGGUUAGCCGAUGCGCGUCGCCAUUAACGAAUUAUUAUCGUAUAUAUCUAUUGCACGACGCAGAGUGCUCGAGCGAGAAUGAACCGAGAGAUUGUAUGCGAGUGCAGGUAUGGAACAAAUCAAACGUUUUAUUAGUUGAUUUCUAUACAUAUAAAUAUAUAAAUAAUAUGGCUGUUGAUACUAUUAUUACGACUAUUACGACAUUAUUACACAUUACUAACAUUACCAUUAUUGCAUUAUUAGUAUUUUAUAAUAAAAGGAAAAGGGAAGCAAGCAAGUCUGUACAAAUAUUGAAGCGCGAUCCCGAGUGGAUGUGGCGCGAGAAGCAAGAAAUUCUGCCCGCGCGACGGCCACGUAUCUGCGCGUCUGACUUUCUGUCAAAGAGUAAUAUAAUUAACGAUUAAUCGAAGCGCGCGCGCGCGACUAUUUCUAGAAGACAACUCUUUCAUUUAAUUUUUUUAAUGUAAAAUUUUUAGCAAAUUCUAUCGUAUAAUUAUAUAUAUAUAUAUAUAUACAUAUAUAUAUAUAUAAAAUCGACGCGAGGAAUAAAAGAAAGCGUCCUAGACAAUGUUGUUUUUAUUGUAAGACUAUUCAAGUGCCAAACGAUUUGACCCAAGGACUAAUCACUCUCGAUAAGAAGAAUCACCCGUUUUUUAAACGCAUAUGUAACCUUAAGGUCCCUUCUGAUGACGCUGAUUGUGAGUCGAGCUCCCGUCGACGGACUCAACGGCCGAGACUCUCGCGCGCGUCACCUCCGUGCGCACGAUGACAGUGCUAAAAUGAUAUUUUAGCAUUGUCGCCUGCGACUACGGCCAAGCAGCCAGCAAAACACUUGCCUACCGAGCAGCCUAAUCGAAUUUGAUUUUCGAAGAGCGAGAGUCCCGUCGGUUGUAUCCCGUCGGCCUGCAAAGUUGGCCAAACGAUCACUUCCAAUUCCAAACACACACGACUGUCUUUCAACGAAAAGAAAUCCCAACAUAUCCGCGGAAACGGUCAAAAAGUCUGCCAAAAGAACGUUUGAUAAUCAGCUGCAUGGAAUUACAUUGUAUCUCUAUAUUUUGUACCUUCGAAAUACGUUUUUAUAUCUGUCCCCUACAGUUGCGUUUGCGCUGGAGUGAUUAACCGCUUGGAUGUGACUCUUCGAAAGGCUGAUAAUACGUAUCGCACGAACGCGCGCGUCUAAGGCAAACAAUGGCGCCUUGUCCGUUUUUAUUAUUAGGUGUUAUUAUGCGAAGCGACAAUUUGCAACUCGGACAAGGUGCGCAAGAGCAUAAUCGCGUUUGGCGAGCUGUUUAGGGAAACACGACCAGUAGACGAUUACAAAUAAUAUCGACUGUACCUUGAUGAACAAAAGGAUUCGAUUUUGCGAAACCACGUUUUUCUUUUGGCUGGGACGCCGUUCGCCCAACGUUUCAUCUUGAAUGUACUUGAACGACGAAUACGCAUGGCGUUUCCGCAAAAGUAUUGUAUGUCGAUCUUCUUUUGGUCGAUUAAAUAAAUUGACAUCGUUUAA